AUGGGUUUUUGUUACACUAAAGGCGUCCUUUCCUUAGCAACAUGUCCGAUUUCCGGUAGUUCUUUGUAAUAUGAAAAUGUGAAAAUUAGCCGUAUAAACAUAUAAUGUUUACAAAGUUACUUUACAUAAAUAUAAAGGAUAUAAUAAUAGUGAUUUAAUUAACCGAAUAUUUCAAGGGUUCAAUAUGAGUCAGUCAGAUUGCCAGUCUAGAACUAGUCCAGAGAGACUCGGAAGUGCAGCAAGUUCGCUUGGAAUUGUUCCAUUCGGAUUCCAUUCUAAAACGCAAUAUGACGCAAACGAGACUCUUAUUCAAAUACGAAGUGAAAACUAUGAACCAAAAGAACCUAUUAAAGACAAUAAUAUAUGGAAACGGCCACCUCCGGAUUUUAGACCUCAAAUAUUUGCUCCUAAACCUCCAAAACGUAAUUCUCGUGAAUCUAUGCAACCUUGGAACUAUGGAACAAUACCAGGACAAAGAGAGAUUAUAAAACGCGAACGUCAAAAAGUAAUUCCCCACAUUCUACUUCCAUUAAAGGAAGACAGAACAAGAUUUGUGACAACAGGGAGGAUAAUGAGACCAUUUACAGCAAAGAAAAAGUUUGUAACAGAGGGAAUGUACAACCCUGGACCGUUUGCAGAUAUAAGAGAACAUGAUUUUAGAGGGUAUCCUCCACUGAAAAAACUUGGUCUGUCAGAAUUUUUAUCGAAAUAUGACAAAGAUCCAUACAACUUGAAAUUCCAUUCAGAAAGACUUGAUAUAAUUCACGGGGAACGCUUUGACAAAGCAACAGACAGAGAUAUUAAAGGUCAACAGAUGGCUCCGCCUAAAACACCACAGCCUCCUUUUGAUUCUCAACUUAUCCUGGAUAGAGAAAAAUGGCCAAUAAAACCUGGGGAAUAUACACAAUACAGUUUUGAAAAGCUUUUAACAUAUAUUCAGAGCGUUUUCGAUUACGUCACAGACCUGCCAAAAGUGCUUUCAUGGAAAGAGUAUCUAACACACUGGAAUCUAGAUGGGCUAAAGAGAAAAUGGAAGAAACUCUGGCUACUGUAUCAAGCUGAUAAAGGACAUUCCUAGUUGUCAUUGUUUUGUAUGGUUGGGAACUAUAAUGCAUAUUACAAACUCAUUAUAAUACAUCGAAAGACAUGUCUCCCAUAUAUUGUACCAUGCAAACAAACUCAGACACGAAAUAUUUCGAUCAAUUUCGCGGUUAGCUUUUAUAUGAACGAAUCUCACUCGGCUUUGGUCCCAUAACUUGAAGCAGUUUGCUUUAAUCAGCUUUUUGCAAACGAAUGACAUGGCAUACGAUUCUGAGAUAUCAGUACCAUCUGAAAAUAAAAUAAUUGGAAUGGGACUACCAUUGUGUCCUUUUAUUUAGUUACUAUGCACCAGUUUUUUUUUUCUUUUUGCAUCUUUAAGAUGUAAAGUUACAUUUGUACGUAGUUAAUCUCCGGUACAUCUACUACUUCUAUUUUUUAUAGUUUUGUUUUAAGACAUAAGAUCCAAAAUGUAAAAUACCUAAUCUUUGUGAAUGGUUAAAUAACCUGUAACAAAACAUUAACGAAUUUCGAGUAGUCAAGUAACAUUAUGUUAAACUUUGUAUGAAUUUUUUUUUAUAUCCAGCAACAUUUCACUUUAAUUAGUUAUAUUUCGACGUGAAUUAUUUAGUAUUAUAGUAUCGAAUGAAAAACGCUUGCUCAUCAAUGUAAUGAAUAUACUCAGUGCCAAUAUUUGUAUUCCUAUAACGUUAUGAUGUGGUUGUCUUUAGGGUAAUUAUAUUAAAAUGUCAUUUUUGUGAAUGGGUAUAUAUUUACAAAUAUUUUUCUUGUUUGUUUUGUAUAUAUCUAUUGACUGUUUGUAUAUGUUAAAUCUGUUUAUUUCAAUAUUAAAAUCUUUGUUUAUGUUUUUCCAUGAA